AUGGGCUGGUAAGAUGCCCACUGUUGAUACGGCGACUCAGGAACCAUCUAUACAGAUCAAAGCCCCAAAAUUUUAUUGUAAUCUUUAAAAAAACUCCUCUACACUUUUCAGGAGAAUCACAUGCGCCGAGGAUAGGGGAGUAACGGCCGUUCUUCGGCCGGAUGCUCAUUCAAUAUUCCAUUGGAAAAGCUUUUUCCAAGUUUGUUUUCUCUUCACAAAAACGAAAACAGUUUGUUUUUCCGCACAGACAAAUUCGGUUUGCAGGGAGAAAUCUGCACGGUAAAAUUGUUUGGUUUUGCUUUGAAGCUAAGUAACUUUGAAAAAAGGGAAGUAAAUACUUUCGAAAAAAUCGAAUUUUUCAAUUUCAUUGGGUUCAAAAGAUACGGUAGAGUUCAACGAGUCUCAAAGGCCCUAGAAAACAUGUUCUUAAUAAAAAGUUUUGUUAUAAGGAGGUUUAUCUUGGCCAAUAAUUGACUCUUGUGAUCUAGGAAAUUGUAUGUUAUAAAGAGUUUUUAUUGUAUGCGGGUUUGUUUUGCUGCGGUUCCACUGUUUCUGCUAGAGCAAAACGACCUCCAAAAACACCAAAAAAUACAGUCAACCACUAUACUACAAAUUUCAAAGCACUAAAAAAAUCAUUUGUUAUAGAAAGGCUUUUCAUUAUAACCAUACAAUUUCAGACGUCUCAAAUGUCAAUUAUUGGCCAAAAUAAACCUCAUUAACGUCAAAUUCUAGCCGAAAAAGCUCUUAUCUUAAGUCUUACGGCCUCUAAAAUUGUUUGCUAUAGAGAGUUUUGCACAAAAACUUGUUUUACAGAGGUUCUCAUAGUAUUUAUUUUUCAGUCCCUCACCAAGCAAGGAUUCGAAGAUUUCCUCUACACUCGAGAAGGCCAACAAGUCUUCCGACUGACCAACCCAUUGUAUGCGAAGAACUUUACAAUGGCCAGUCGGAACACCGCUCCGUAUGUGUUCCAAUGUCCGGAUCCGGAGGCUUUCGUCAUCAAGAGAGACGACCCACCAAAAGAGGGGCAAUUGCAGAGCACGUUGAAUGAAAUUGUAAGGCUUUUUGAGGGGUUCCUUUAUACAGUGGCGGACCUGAUCCAGUGGCAAAAAACGUGCCAUUUGCCUCCGGAAGUAUCGAAAAAGUGGCAAAAUGCUUCCCUCUCCAAAUGAAAAAUACUCAGAUUUUAAAGCAAUUUUUGUGAGGAAUAGGGUCCGCCCUUCAAAACGAAGUUUUUUCAUUUGGAGUGGGAAGCAUUUUGCCACAUUUUUGAUACUUCCCGGAUGCAAAAUUUUAAGUUUUUUGGUACUGGAUCAGGUCCGCCAAUGCAUAUCAGUCUGUCGGGAAAAUAAUGAACACAAUGUAGCUAUACCAAAUCGUGUCGCUAAAGUGAAAAGACAAUAUGAGUUUCUGGAAACAAAUCAUUUUCGUCGAUGCGACUUUUGAUGCGAAAGAGUGCACAUUAUUUUUCCGACAGCCAUAAAAAAUGACUUUUUCAGGUCUUCUCCGAGAUCUGUUCGUACGUUAAAUGCAUCGACCCCACUGGCUAUUGCGACACUCCGAUUCGUCCAGUCGGUCAUUGCUGUAGUAUCUGCGGGACGAUGGCGACAUUCAGUCAAGUCGAUUUUGACUACGACGCUGCGCAACAAGCGCUGAGAGAUUCGGAAGUUGAACGGGACAACAAAACGGGCUUUUCGUUGAUUCGGAUUCAGUUCGCGGGCAGUGCGCUUUACCAGGUAGGAGGGUAAAAUACGGUGCACAUCAAAACUGCAACACAAUGCCAAAGUUGCCAAAAAAGCGAAAAUAAAUUUAGUUUCUUCUUCAAUUAAUUACUCCGUGAAAACGUAAUUGUUUUGGGUCGUAUUUGCGUGAAUAAGAAAGUCAGAACAGCAUUCUAUUUUUUGAUUCCUUCUGGGUACGUAGAAUUUUUGUGUUUCGGGAUUUUUUAGGGUUGGAGUGGAACAGGUUUGUAAACUUCUACAAGGUUUUACAAAAAAAUGCUACGAAAUUAGUAAAAAGCGAAUGGAUAAGAUUGUAGAGCGUGGUAAGUAGAGUAUUAUAUUUUUUACGGCCUCCAAAUUUUUCGAGAGCAAAAAGUUUUAUCGAUUUUUUAAUUUUGCGGGUUUUUCACCUAUUUUUAGAUUUUUUUGUUGCAUUAAAACUGUUUUGAAGCAUGCAAAGGUCCAAAAAAAUAGAUCCAGAAUAGUCGGGAAGUCUUGCGGAAGAACAGAGACCUUAACCCGCUACAGUACAGAGGUUUUCGAUUUUUCAGCUCAGCGCACUUUUCAGAAUUUUUCAAUUUUCGCCAUCAAGAUGACGGAAUUUCUGGAUUCUGAGAACGAAUUCUGAAUCAGCGUCCCUGACUUGCUCUAGAACCACGUUUCGCUUCUCUCUAUCGCAUUUUGUAUUUUAUCAUUUCGAGAUUUUUUGAAAUUUUUGGUGCCAUGUUUAAUAUCAAAAAAUUUAACCUAGGUCAAAAUUCAAAAACUCGGCACGCAGUUCGCUCCGAAAUUGGAUGUAGUAUCUUCUGAAUUUUUUUCGGCUUCUGAGCUACGGUGGGAUUCUCAAAAAGUUGCAUUUUGUUCCAUUUGGCACUUUUUUUUCGAAAAAUCGGCCCUCAAAGCACAGACUUCAAAAUUUUCGGAUUUUUGCGUGUGCCAUAGCAUUCAGCAUGCAAAACUACCCUACAGUGGGUAUUCGAUUUCUAAAAUACGACAAAUAUACGAACGCACUACGCGAUUUAAAGUUUUCGGGAUUUCAAAAUUUUUGCACGGUAUGUCGAAUUUCUCGGAAACUAGAGCGAAAUUCAAAAAUCUGAAAAAUACGGCUCGGGGUAUUUUGCCUGGCCAUAAUCAGGCCAAAUUUCAGCCGUCUAUGCUUACGGCUUCAGGGCGAAAAUCGAAUCCGGAAAAUUUCCCCCGGAUUUUCAAAAAUUCGAAAAAACGCCCUAAGGGCGUCAAAUUUCAAAUUUCGGGAUUCGAAACCAACCCCAUCGUGAUCAGCAUUAAAAACCGGACCAGAUACCAUGACCGGCCAGAAUGUCAAGAGAAAGAGUCCAGAGUUUCUAGAGUUCGCCGCCCAAACGCUCAAUGGUAAUGUCUUGUAUAACGAUGAAAGUAAAUUAAAAUAAGGUAAAAUUUACUGUAAUUGAGAAAAUGCGUUAAAACUUGUUGAUUUACACUGGUUAUUUGAAUUAAAAUAAGUUUAUUGAAUUUCAUGAACUUUGACCUUGUUGGUCUACAGGGCGGGACGGAAAAUUAUUCGCAAAUGACCAUAUAAGUGCCUUCCAUAGUUUGGAACAUGAUUUUCAAAGAAACUGGGUGGUUUAACUGACCUUUUGCCCUUUAAAGUACGAAAAACCCCCGAUUUUUCGCAAAGUUCAUGUUUCGCGCUACUCCACACCGGAGAUGAACUUUCAAGAAAACUUCCUGAACAAAAGUUUGUUUUAUGACCAUAACAAACAAUCUUAUCCAUUCGGAUUUUUAAAUUUUCGUAGAAUGUAAAACGUUUUGAUGUGCGGUGUUGAGAAAUAAAUCAUCAAACUUUAAUUUUUUUUGAAACUAAACGGUAAAAAAUAAAUUUUUAGCGUGUUUUUUGUUAUGGUAGAUUUUUUUAUAGGGGUAUUUUUUGUUACAGUAGAAAAAAUUUUUUAAUAGGGGAUUUUUCCUAUCUUUUCAACUAACAUUUCCAUCUAAUAUUUUAUGAUAUUUAUGGUAUUCAAGAUGUUUACCAUAUUUUCUAUGCGAGUGUUUCUCUGAAUUCUCUUAUUUGAUGUGCAUUUUGCUGCAGAGAAGGAUAUUAUAUAUGGAAUUUUUAGUUGAGUGUUAUCCCCGCGGAGCUCGAGUACUUUGACGCCGACCAAUACCGACAUUUACUCUACGAAAUGUAUUAUAUUAUACAGAGAGGUGAGAAACAAAUAAGAAUUGUAAAAUACGUCGUCUUCAAAAUUUGGAUGCUUUUCAAAGAUUAAAAUUUUUCAAACGAAAUAUUUUAAAAAAUUUAAAAAAAAAUGUAAAAUAGGGAUAGCCGAUUAUUCCAAAGAAAAACCGGCAAAAAAUACAGCCAACAAGAUAUUUUAAAAGAUAAAAAAAAUGUAAAAUACGGCCUUUUAUUUUGUUUCAGUCCAAAAAUCGCCGGAGCAGUUCCAAUCAACCAGGAUUGAAGUCGGUUUUUCGCAAUGGAAGGCCACCAGUUUUGGCGGUAAGUUCAUCUUUUUUAACAGGCUUUUGACAUAAACUUUCAUAAAAAAAUGCAAAAAUGAGGUCUAGAAUCUCGUAUAUUGCAGAUACGACAAAUGUUUUUUCCCGCAUUUUCGCAGAUGGUCUUUACAUAUAGUCAAAACUUCUGUACAACAAAUAGCAAGAAACAAAAAUUAAAAAAAAGUUUUUUGUUGUGCAGGGUUUCAUUUGGACCUAAAAUUCGAAUUAAAAAAGAAAAAUGUUUCCCUUCUACAGGGUGUCCCAAAAAGAGAAAUGUUUAUCUCGCAUUUUCACAGAUGGUCUUUACAUAUAGUCAAAACUUCUGUACAACAAAUAGCAAGAAACAAAAAUUUAAAAAAAGUUUUUUGUUGUACAGGGUUUCAUUUGGACCUGAAAUUCGAAUUAAAAGACGAUUUCUGAGUCAGUGAAUCAGCCGCCAGUUAGCCGUGGACAUAGGAAAAAAUCGAUUUUGAGUUUUUUGUAUUAAAAUGACUGUUGGAAGGGGCUAAACAAAAGCGAACAAUAUUUUUUCCCAAAUCCUUCGUUAAGGUAUAUUUUUUUACAAUUAACUGUUUUAGAAGUAAUCGCCUCUAGCUGUGGUAUCUUGCCUUACAGUGCAGUGCUUUGACGGCUACUAUAGUUUUUGACCCUUGCGAACACGAUGGAGUGAUUAUUUUUCCCGGUUUCCUACUGUAACAUACCGUAAUACCGUAUCGACCGCUAAAAAACGGUCGUAAAAUCUUUGUUUCUAAAAACCCCCAGCUGAUUUUUUGAUAUGUUAAUCAGCGUAAAAUUCUGCUCUAGACCCAAUCAAAAAAAGUGCAAAAAGUGGUGCGACAAAUUUUGUGGUGUAGUGGUUAGUGGGCGGGACUACCAUUCCAGCGUCCCGGGUUCGAUCCCGGCUGGGUGCAAAUGUCAAAAAAAUGCCGCAAAUCAAUUUUAAUGUAAAAAUAAGGAAUGCCCAAAGAACACAAAGCAAUUUGUAAUGAUUAUGACACCUCUGUUUUCGAGUAAACCCGGUUUAAUGUAAUCUUAGCGGCUGAAAACGGAAAAAAUAAAAGUGCUUCAAAUGUGAUAAAAUUCAUAGAUAUGGUUCUACAGGUUAUUAUAAGAAACUUUUCCGUUAGUCUUUUUUUGUAGCUUACAGUAUAACGGAUUACUGUAACAUGAAACUAUUUAUAAAAAAUCGAUGUUCCCUUCGAUGUUCUUGAAAAAAGGUUGGGAUUUUUUGUUAGACCGCCCUGCCAGCAAAAAAAGUCGCCUUUCGUUAUCCGAAACAAAAUUCCAAAUUAUUUCGAGUAUGUUCUGACGUCAUCGUUGAUCGCUAAUACGGUGAAAGAUUAUUCAGGUAUACCAAAUCAUCCUGCCAUAAACAAUAUUUUUUCUCACAGAUAAGCUUCUUGGUAAUAAUUCUGCACAUUAUGACUUUACUUCCAGCUCUCUUUCGCCAUGUAGAACGCAAAAUACGAAAUUCUGCAUUAUGCUACAGUAAUCCGUUAUACUGUAAGUUACAAAAAAAGACUAACGGAAAAGUUUCUUGUAAUAACCUGUAGAAGCAUAUCUAUAAAUUUUAUCACAUUUGAAGCACUUUUAUUUUUUCCGUUUUCAGCCGCUAAGAUUACAUUAAACCGGGUUUACUCGAAAACAGAGGUGUCAUAAUCAUUACAAAUUGCUUUGUGUUCUUUGGACAUUCCUUAUUUUUACAUUAAAAUUGAUUUGCGGCAUUUUUUUGACAUUUGCACCCAGCCGGGAUCGAACCCGGGACGCUGGAAUGGUAGUCCCGCCCACUAACCACUACACCACAAAAUUUGUCGCACCACUUUUUGCACUUUUUUUGAUUGGGUCUAGAGCAGAAUUUUACGCUGAUUAACAUAUCAAAAAAUCAGCUGGGGGUUUUCAGAAACAAAGAUUUUACGACCGUUUUUUAGCGGUCGAUACGGUAUUACGGUAUGUUACAGUAGGAAACCGGGAAAAAUAAUCACUCCAUCGUGUUCGCAAGGGUCAAAAACUAUGGUAGCCGUCAAAGCACUGCACUGUAAGGCAAGAUACCACAGCUAGAGGCGAUUACUUCUAAAACAGUUAAUUGUAAAAAAAUAUACCUUAACGAAGGAUUUGGGAAAAAAUAUUGUUCGCUUUUGCUUAGCCCCUUCCAACAGUCAUUUUAAUGCAAAAAACUCAAAAUCGAUUUUUUCCUAUGUCCACGGCUAACGCACUGACUCAGAAAUCGUCUUUUAAAAAAGAAAAAUGUUUCCCUUCUACAGGGCACAGCGUUCCGAACAUUUUUUCCGCCGCCGAUCGGUGUCGAAAAAAGGAAAAAAUGAAAAGUAGUGCUUACAAGUCGGUGUAUAUUUGGCUAGCCACAAUAGAUGUAACUAAACUAAAAAGUGGUUAUUAGACUAUAAGAGAUUGCCAUUCCACGUAUACAAACUACACCAUCAUACCUUAUGUUAAUGUUGAGAAAAUGAUGAUCGAAAAUUAUCAAAAAUUCAACCUUCAGGUAAAAAUAACUGUACCUUCCAACCCUUAGGCACACAAUUUUUUUUCUUCGAUCGUGUGCAGAAUUUCAAGAGCUACAACAUAGACAGAAUCAAUAAUUUUCCCGGGCCUUUAAUCUUAGUUAUGGUUGAAAAGGGCCUAAUUUUGGCCGUUUUUGCACUUUUUUUUUACUUAUUUGCACUUCAAGAUUAAAAAGUGAAGAUAUUCUAUAUAAAACGGAUUGUCAUGAUCAUUGUGGUCAUCCAUGCCAAAUUUCAACUUUUUCUGACACUCCAGAGUCGUUGAAUACGAACGUCAGCAUGGAAACUUCGUAUCUUCAACUUUGUAAGAAAACAGUAAUGAAAUCCUUGGCUGGCAUUAAUUACAGCACUUCUGGUCGCAAUGAAUCUUAGGUCGCGAUUACAAAGGCCAAACUCAGCUUUACGGGUAAUUCCAGUAAGUGUUUGCAAGCUCACACUUUGGCAUUGGUCAGAAUUGUCUGUUGAAUUCAACUUUCGAAAUGAAAACGAUAUAUUUUGGCUUGAUGACAAAAAGUUUGCACAGAGUGUAUGUAUACAACAUAUUUUCGCUCAAGAAGUGAUUUUGGAGCACUUAACGUGAUUUUAUUCAACAGAAAUAGUACACUUGGGUUCCAUAUUCAAGUUCGUAUUCAACGACUCUGGAGUGUCAGAAAAAGUUGAAAUUUGGCAUGGAUGACCACAAUGAUCAUGACAAUCCGUUUUAUAUAGAAUAUCUUCACUUUUUAAUCUUGAAGUGCAAAUAAGUAAAAAAAAAGUGCAAAAACGGCCAAAAUUAGGCCCUUUUCAACCAUAACUAAGAUUAAAGGCCCGGGAAAAUUAUUGAUUCUGUCUAUGUUGUAGCUCUUGAAAUUCUGCACACGAUCGAAGAAAAAAAAUUGUGUGCCUAAGGGUUGGAAGGUACAGUUAUUUUUACCUGAAGGUUGAAUUUUUGAUAAUUUUCGAUCAUCAUUUUCUCAACAUUAACAUAAGGUAUGAUGGUGUAGUUUGUAUACGUGGAAUGGCAAUCUCUUAUAGUCUAAUAACCACUUUUUAGUUUAGUUACAUCUAUUGUGGCUAGCCAAAUAUACACCGACUUGUAAGCACUACUUUUCAUUUUUUCCUUUUUUCGACACCGAUCGGCGGCGGAAAAAAUGUUCGGAACGCUGUGCAGGGUGUCCCAAAAAAAUGCAUGUUUUUUCCAUCCAGGACGUGAAGGAAAACACGCCGCUAGCAGUUCAGUCAACCGGGAGAUCACCAACAUCCAAAUCCGCGAUUUUCAAGAAAUUUUCUUUGGUAUAUAAAAUGUAGCCAUAAAAAUAACAUGCAUUUUUUUUUGACACCCUGUAUAAGUUCAGAUUUUCGAAUCGCCACAGGAAUUGCAGUGCGCGACAAAAUUAUCACCGCACUUUAGAAAUUCCUCGGAACUUUUUUGGUUUUGGUAACGUAACUAAACAUUAGUCAUUGCUGUUCAAUGUUUAAUUAGGAUAAUUAGCCAAAUCCGUAAGUGCGGUUAUAAAUAAUUUUGUCGCAAAGAAAAUCACCAAAAUUUUGGUUUUUUCAACUUUUUUCAAAAUUGGGAAAGUUUCCCGAAGUAAAUUUUUGGCACAAAGUUUGUAUUAGAGUAAUGCACAUUGGUGCCAAAUAUGACACAUUUCUAUUGGCAACCAAAAAGUUACAGCAAUUUCUAAAGUGCGGUUAUAAUUUUGUCGCUCACUGUAUUUUGUGUAACUUCCCAUUUUUAGCCAAAUUCCUCGAGUUCGUUAUCGUUGCCUUCAUCGUCUGCUCUGUUGGCGCUGUCAUGUUCAGAUACGAGCUGCACAAAAACCCAGCGCUGAGGUCCUGGAUAAACCGGCAGAACAGUCGCUUCCCAGAGCAUUUGGUGAGAUUCCGUGGCGAGGAAAAUGUGGUUUUAACGUUGGCUGGGCAUGAAGAAGUUGCGGGCAGUGAGGUAAGAUUGGUUAAUUUGUGACAAGCUAAUUUUGAUUGGUCUUUUGAUGUUGCGGUAAACUAUGAAUUAUAAGUAAGAGAAUUAGCCACAAAUUACAAAAAGUUGCUGCCACUUGAAUCAUUUGACUUUCUCUCGAACUUUUGCAUGACAUUUACAACGUUUUCUGAAAAAAACGCACAGGUUUUUUUUUGUAGUUUUCGGUAUGAAAAUGUUUGUCUUGCGCUAUGCGUAUCAUGCCAAGAUUUGCAAAAAAAUGUCGCAUUUUUGUCCAUUUUCCAUCUAAAAUCCUCAAUUUUUUUAGCUAACAGGGGAAGUACCCCAAGUGCGACGCUCAGAUUUUGAUGAAACUUGGCACAAAUUUAGAAUAAUUUUUUCAAAGAUAUAUGCGAGAAUCCUAGCUCGCGCUUUGCAGAAACAACCGAGAUUUUUAGAUCGAAAGUCGGCGAAAAUUUUGGACUUUUUGUCGAAUUUCGGCACGAAAAGUUUCAUGCCUAUUUCAACCGUAAAGGAUAAUGUUUCUACAAAAAAUCAAACUUUUCCGCACGAAACUGCUAAAGUUAUGGCCAAAAAGCGUUUUUCUCUCUGAACGCUCUCCACGUUUAGCGUGCUCUCUCAGCGGCAAAAAUCGUUAGAUAUCUCGGCGGCGCCCGCAAAGCGCGAGCUAAAACUUUCAGGAAUUGAUAUUUAGUCUAUUCCCGACGUGUGUGCAAAAUUUAAAGAAAAUCUGAGCGUCGCACUUGGGGUACUUCCCUUGUAAGCGCGAGCUUGGAGGCCAAAUUUAAGCAAAUCUGGGCGUUGCACGUUGACCAUUUCGCUUUAAAAACAUACAUUAUUUUUCAGCAAUCUGAAACCUUUGUCAAUCCAGUCUUUGAGUUUGAUGAUUCCAAAGGCUUAACCGUUGAUUCAGCUGAACUACAAGUGCCCUCUUCAGCAAAGAAGCUAAACAUCGUUGAAACUUUAAAAAAUGAAAUUUAA